CCGGCGGGUUCCGGGCGUCGCGAUGGAGGAGGGCGAGUACGAGUCGGUGCUCUGUGUCAAGCCGGAGGUGCACGUCUACCGCAUCCCGCCGCGAGCCACCAACCGUGGUUACAGGGCCGCGGAGUGGCAGCUGGACCAGCCAUCAUGGAGUGGCCGGCUGCGGAUCACUGCAAAAGGGCAGGUGGCCUACAUCAAGCUGGAGGACAGGACCUCAGGGGAGCUCUUUGCUCAGGCCCCGGUGGAUCAGUUUCCUGGCACGGCCGUGGAGAGCGUGACGGAUUCCAGCAGGUACUUCGUUAUCCGCAUCGAAGACGGAAACGGGCGUCGGGCGUUUAUUGGAAUUGGCUUCGGGGACCGCGGCGACGCCUUUGACUUCAAUGUCGCGUUGCAGGACCAUUUCAAGUGGGUGAAACAGCAGUGUGAAUUUGCAAAACAAGCCCAGAACCCCGACCUGGGCCCCAAGUUGGACCUAGGCUUCAAAGAGGGCCAGACCAUCAAGCUCAACAUCGCGAACAUGAAGAAGAAGGAAGGAGGAGCUGGGACUCCCCGAGCCCGGCCCGCCAGCACAGGGGGCUUGAGCCUGCUUCCCCCGCCUCCAGGGGGGAAAACCUCCACCCUGAUACCCCCUCCUGGGGAGCAGCUGUCUGCGGGGGGGUCCCUCGGCCAGACAGCAGUUGCUCCCAGUUCAGUAGGAGGUGCCACCAUGUCCUGGCCACAACCCAAGCCUGCCACCGCCGCCACCGCCGACAUCUGGGGAGACUUUACCAAAUCCACAGGGUCGACUUCCAGCCAGACUCAACCAGGCACAGGCUGGGUCCAGUUCUGAUCUGAGCGCACCCCCCUUCUUCCUCGUACAACUUCUGGAAAGGAGCCGCCUCACCUGGGCCAAAGGAAGGAGGACGAAGCUCUCCGCGGCCAGCCUCUGUCUGGAGCAUGACCCUCUCCUCCUCGUCUUGACGUUCUUAACAGACUGGCAUGUUCGCAGUGAAUUGGCACAUGUCACACUUCCCUGGGACUCAGGUGUGCCGCCAGAACGCAGGAGGAGAAAAACUCCGGCAUCCCCUUCUCUGUUCUUUUGACGUGAGAGACUCCGAGACUGCUGCUUCCAUCACAGUGACCCGUAUUAAACACAAGCCCCCAAAGC